AUGCUUCGCGGGUGUCGUUCCUUUCGCUCUGGAUUAGUUUCCUCAAUACGUCUCAAAUCUCUUCAAUACCAUCCACACUAUCUCAACCACCACCACCACCACCACCACUACUACUCGUUUAAUCACUACCCCUUAUCGAUCAACAGACGCAAGAUUGUCCCAGGCAUUCGGUCCAAGACAAGCAUCGAUACAGGUGACUUUAAUGAAAUAGACGUAUCAACAGAGAAGGAUCCAAAAAGGGAGGAACCUAAAGCGCUCCUAGACAGGAUGCUUGCAAGCCACUCAGAGACUCACUUUUCAGUGUCUAAUCACUCGCCUCUAAUGACCAGUCUUCCACAUUCUAAUACGGCUAGGAAUCAUGAGAUGAAUGAGAAAGAUAAAAUAAGGGUUUUUUGUGAUACUGAUAUCCGUAAGGCUAUGAUGAUCACAUCUGAAUUGAAAGCUGAUUCUUACUCUUCGACUCCCAUUGAGCCUGGUCCCCUUAACACAUGGGUAGCAACUGCACAUGUAUUAACUGCUGAAACGACCACAUCAACAGCCUUUACUCGUUCGAGUGGCAGCCAGAAGUUGAUCUCCGGUAUUGUGGACCAAGAACUCUCUGCUGGAGAGCAGAUGCGACACACUUGGCCUUCGCUAGGCGUUCGCUCAAGUGAAACUUUUGCCAAUAACGAAUUGGUUCUUGAUCUGGCCUCCGGAUCUGCUUUUGGUUGCAGACGGAGGCGCUUGCCAAUUUCUUGCUCAGGGUCUGCUGAAAAUGACUUAGGUGAGCCAGACCCAUUUAGCCCUUCUCAUCUCUUAAUUUCCAUUUUGUAUUUUAAUAUUAUCUCCUAA